AUGAAUCCAGUGGUGAUUGACGCGGGUUCUUGCAUAUGCAAAGUGGGUUUUGCCGGCGAGGAAAUUCCUAACGCGGUCAUUCCUUCCUUAAUUGGACAUUUGCCAAACGAUUCGAAAAGGCUAAUAGGCAAAGAAGCUUUCGAUAAUCGCGAAGAUUGCGAAAUUUCGUAUCCCAUAAGGGGAACUAAAAUAACAAACUGGGACCAUUUUGAAUCUCUCCUGGAUCAUUGUUACAAACAGGUUUCGGCUGACCCAAAAGAACAAUCGCUUCUAUUAACUGAACCCCACUGUAAUCCAAAGAAGAAUCAGGAGAAGACAACGGAAAUUUUGUUCGAAAAGUUUGGAAUUCCUGCGCUUCACAUUGCCAGUCAAACGGUGUUAUCCUUGUACGCCGCGAACAGGACCACAGGGAUAGUCCUUGACAUCGGGGAUCACACUUGCAGCAUAGUUCCAAUAUACCAUGGAUACGUCGAUCAAGCAGCCGUGCAGUGUCUGGAUUACUCUGGAAAAGAUUUGACGGACUUCCUGCAGAUGUUGUUGUUGCAAGGGAAGUCUGUGCCAGUAAGAAGCGAUUGGGAAGACCUCCGGGAGUUGAAAGAAAACUUCUGUUACGUGGCAAUUGAUUUUGAGAAGGAAGAAAAUGGACCAAGGGACGUUAGGAAGUUGGAGCUUCCUGGUGGUAGAUCGGUGAAUGUUUCGAGUGAAGAUUAUACAUGUCCUGAAGCUCUUUUCAAACCUUCACUGAUAGGUCUUGAAAGUGAAGGAAUUCACAAAGCACUUCGCACCUCCGUCAUGAAAUGCGAUUAUGAUUUAAGGAAGGAGCUUUACGGUAAUAUUGUAUUAUCGGGUGGCACCACAAAAAUGAAGGGGUUUGUGGACAGACUGGAACGUGAAAUUGUGCAGUUAGUGCCUCCCCAAGUUCAGAUAAAACUGAUCAAACAGGCCGAUCGGCAUCACGCGUCAUGGAUUGGUGGAAGCGUCCUGGCUUCUUUGAUAAGUUUUAAGGAUUACUGUAUAACAAAACAACAAUUCGAGGAACAAGGGACCGGUAUAAUUUAUAAGAAUGUUUUUUUGUAA